CUCCGCCUUCCUGAACUCCAGGUGCCAGAACGAGAAAGGUGAGAAGUAAUUUCGUAGUUGUUUUGAGUGUAAGUGGCGCCAUCUGUUACUGAGCAUUUCAACUAGUAACCCUUACACUACCGCAUAUCGUAAAAUGCCUGGAUUUUGUGAGAGUUGUACUGAUAAAUUUUCCGAUGGUCGUAAUGCUGUAAAAUGUGGCGGUUUUUGCUCUUCGUCAUUUUGCGCAAAAUGCUGCGGACUAAACGACGAAUUAUUUGCCGCUGUUAUUAACAAGUCUAACUUAUUUUGGAUGUGUAACACCUGCAAAAAUAUCAUGGACAAAGCACGUUUUCGUAACGCAUUAGUGUCCGUUGAGUCCGCAAACCAAAUGGUGAUCGAGGAGCUUAAAAAUUCCAUUCGCAACGACAUACUGGAGGAAUUAAAGGUAGAAAUUCGGACCAACUUCAAAACGUUGAUAGACGCUGUACCAAAAACGCCGAUUCCUGGACCGCGACAAUUUUCCUUUAAUUCUGCUAAAAGAAAGAGAGACAACGAUGAUACAGGCUCCAAUCCUUCUAAGCUGCUACGUGGUACUGAUGCCGCCGACUCAUUGACACCAUCUAUCGCUGUGAAUCGUGAAGAUAAAAAGUUUUGGUUGUACCUGUCAGGAAUUUCGCCCGAUGUCCCUGAUGAAAGCGUCACCAAGCUAGCUGCGGAUAAACUCGGAAAUUCGAACAUCACUGUCAUCAAGUUGGUCCCUCGUGGCAGAGAUCCUAGAACGCUGAAUUUUGUCUCCUACAAAGUUGGCAUGCCCACGGAUCUCAAAGAAAAGGCUAUGACGGCAUCUACAUGGCCAGUUGGCAUUGCUUAUCGUGAGUUUGAAGAGAAGUCGGAUUCCAGAAAGGUUUUUUGGAAACCGAAUGCGCCCGACUCAGCAACAAUGACUACUUCCACUGCUCUUCGCCCUCUUCCCAACUAGUUACAUCGCCUGUUUCACAUCCUGUAUCGCCUUUUCCCGAAGUUACCGCACAUUCCGAGCAGUUUAUUUCCGUUUACUACCAGAACGUGCGAGGAAUGAGAACGAAAACACAAGAAUUCCAUCUAGCGCUCUCUUCUAGUGACUACGACGUCAUUGUC